AUGCCCUCAGACAAAGCCAUUUGUGACCACUGUGGCCGCCAUUUAACGUGCCGCACUAUCUUGAAACAUCUUGAACAGCAAGGACCUCUUACUGCACAAAAAGCCCUUUUUCAUUCACUUAAUGUGGAUGGUCCUCUCCGUAGUGGCAUAUCAAAACAUCCAGUGCGCCCUAGGAAGCAUUAUCGAAGAAACCGAUACCCACACAUACCAACACCUCCACCCUGUCCAGAUGAAGAUGCGGGAAUGCACCCAAUCUUCACCUCCUCUGAAAUAUCAACUCCCAGCAAUACCGAGGAGCCUGACGACCACAUUCUUAGACUAGGAACACACGGCCUUGAAGACAAUGAAGAUUUCGAGCAGGAGUAUCUAGAUAAAGGGGAGCAGUCUGGUUCCGAUGACAAGGAGUUUGUAGCAGCAUAUUUGCUUCAAGGGUUAAGUGCACUAGAUGCACUUGGAGAAGAAUUUGACAAAGUUGUAUCCCGGCUCAACCCAGCCUCUUGCUUGUCUGAGGAUGACAUGUACGAUAUCCGUGCAUUCAAUCUCAAGCUGGACACUGUUAAGAUCAUGUACACCGUGAAACCGUGCCAGGGCCACAAGGUGUCUAAGUGCGGAAGACGAGUGGGACAGUAG